UUGAGAGUAAAGUUUUUAUCUCCUACGCCACUUACCCCAGCUGCCUUCGUACCUAUUUAUAUGUAUCUCAUCUCCACGCUACUUAUUUGGCUUUGUUGGAUAAUCUCUGUGGCUGUUGUCUCUCUCUCACCAACCGUUUUGAAGGUGAGUGUGAAGAGCGUGGUCGGACAGGAGCUGUUGGAAAUUGGAAUCAACACGCGUCUCUUUCACUCAGAUCUGUGCUCUUUCUUGUUGAUUAUUCCGUUCUUUGCUUCGCAUUUUUCCUCGCUCACUUCUCUGUACAGAAACUCAAGCGCCUCAUCAUCACCGACCACCGGAAUGUCUUUGAAAUUUAAAUGAGAUUUGGCUUCUAACACUGCGGCAUCUGUGUGCUUGUGAGACAAACUGGUUGAGAUGGAGGGUGGAAUUGAUGCUAUUGCACCGUUAGAUUAUGCUGCAUUUCAGAUUUUGCCAAACCAAAACAGAUUUGAGGCAGUAGUAUGCAGUGGCAAAAAAGUUGAAAAACUAGCUGCUGGGCUUUUGGAACCGCUUUUGCUACAUUUUCCUGAAGUAAAAGACUUGUACCAUAAAGGAUCAAAUGCUAACUUUAAACUCCAAUUACCUGAACAUCUCAAUGGUGCAGCAUGGUUCACAAAAUCCACUUUAAGCAGAUUCCUACAUAUUGUUGACACUCUAGCUUUGUUAAAUACCACCCAUGCUAUUGAAGGAGAGAUGUCUCAACUUGAAGAAGCUAGAUUAUUUCAUCUUUCUUUAUAUGCCCAGGGUCAUCCGGGUCAGUUUGGAAGUGUAGAUUCAGAUGGGAGGAAGUUGAAGGACAUGGUGCCAACAACCAAACCUGAUGCUGAAAAUGUAUCAUCAGAUGCUUCAAAGAAUGAAUUGCUGCGAGCAAUCGACUUGAGACUCACAGCACUCAGAGGAGAGUUAGCUGCAGCUUUCAACCAGGCUGCUGGAGCCACCUGCUCCUCUAAAGAGAUUAAUGAUUUAACAAACUUCUGUCACCACUUCGGAGCAAUGGAUUUAAAGAAUUCUUUGUGCAAGGUUUUAGAACCAAGCCAAAACGGCCAGAUUUCUGAUGCCCUAAAUGAUGACAAGUCUUCAGUCAUGUGCCAUUCGAAGAAUGACAGCAUAAAUAAUAAAGAUGGAAAUUCUCAGAUUCCUAAACCAAUACAUUCAGUUAAACCGGUAAUAUAUGAUGUCUCCCCUGCAAAAGUUGCCCAGGUUGAGCGACAGAGCUCUUCUGAAAGUGAGGAGUCGUCUUCUUACUCGAGUGGUGAGGAUCGAGCACCAGCAGAAAGAAGUCGGGCUAUCGUACGAUCGGCAUCACCUAGAAGGUCAGCAUCGCCAAUGCGAAGGAUACAAAUAGGGAGAACUGGAUCACGCCGGGCCACUGCCUUAACCAUUAAGAGCCUUAAUUAUUUUCCUGCUAGGGAAAGGGUAUUAUCACAUAGAGAUGCUGCCGCAAACAGUAGCGAGGAUGAAGGAUCUGAGCAACCCUAUAAAAAACCUGAAAAUAAUGUAGGAAGGAUGAGCGUUCAAGAUGCAAUUAAUCUUUUUGAAAGCAAACAGAAAGAUCAGGCCGCAGAUAUUCAGAAGAGGUCAUUAGCUGACAUCUCUGUUAGUGCAAAUAAAUCUGUAUUGAGAAGGUGGAGUGCUGGCACAGGAGAAUCAUCCACCCAGUGCCUACCAGAUACUGUUCCUGAAGAUUCUGUCCGACUGGCGCCCCACACUUUAGUGGAUGCAGAGAUUCCAAUGAAUUCAAUAGAAGUGAAACAAGAACUUGAUUUUGUUUCUGGAGGUCACAAUUCUGUUGAGACUGAUGAAGUUGAUGUUAGAUUAGAAACAGGUGAUGAAAGAGCAUCUUAUGAAACAAGUGUUCAAGCAGAUAGUCUCUUAUGCCAAAGGGAUGAAACCAGUGAAAAAUUAACAGCCUCAGCUGAAUGGAGUCGGAAGAAGGAAGCCGAGUUGGAUCAGAUGCUGACAAAAAUGACAGGAUGUAAGCCUGUUAAGUAUAGAAAGCCUGAAACUGGAAAAAGCCAAAAUCUUCCAAAUGAGAAAAGAGGGGGAUUUUAUGACCACUAUAAGGAGAAGAGGGACGAGAAGCUUCGUGGAGAGAAUGCUCGAAAACGAGCAGAGAAAGAAGCACAAUUUAGAGCCAUGCAACAAGUUCUUGAUGAAAGGAAAGCUGAAAUGGCCUCCACCACUGCGAAUGAUAUUGGGCAAAAACAAAAAUAUCCUUUGCGUAGGCCCCAGAAAUCACGUAAGAGUCCAUCAACAUCUGAAAAUCUGAAAAAGGAAGCCCCAAAACCUUCAGUUCCAAAAAAGGUGUCAUCUAAAGCAUCAACCCUGCCUGCAGUGCGUAAGUCAUGGCCAUCAACACCUCUACCCAGAGCCACAGGGACAUCACCAGCUAAAACUCCCACUGGAAUUUCACCAUCACCCAGAGCCACAGGGACUUCACCAGUUAAAACCCCCACUGGAAUUUCUUCUGCUGGCACUACACCAACACGGCGGAAACCCCUGCCAACAGCAUCACUUCCUAGGUCAAAUCCAAAAGUUGAAGGAUCGCAGCAGGGACAGAAAAAUGUCAAAGGAACCCAGAUGAACAAUAAAAGGAGCCUGAGAAACGGGAAUGAGAAACAGCAGCAAACAGUGACAAGAAGUGGCAAACCAACAAAAACAAAAGUUCUGACCAGUUCUGGGGAUUAUUCUUCUGUGGUUCCUGCCAGGCCUACUUUCUAUAGCAAGGCGAUGAAGAAAAGCAGUGUAGUACCGCUGGAGUCAAAGCCAUUUCUUCGUAAGGGCUCUGGAAUUGGUCCUGGUGUUGGUUCCACUGGCAACAAAACAAAAGUUUCUUCUCAGUCUGAGGAAUCUCCAAGAAACAGCAGAAAUCAGAUCCAAGCUCAAGAGAAUGAGUCAGUUGUUAAUGCCUGUGAUCUGGUCAACCAGCAGCAGGAUGGGGGUCUUGUAGUAUUGGAAAGUCAUGAUGCUGAGUUCGAAUCAGAAACUCAGGUAAAUAGCCCUCAGAAAUGUGGCAACAUAGAAAACUUAGAUCAAGUUACAGCUGAUGGCGAUGAUAACUUAAAGAAAAUGAUGGAAUCUUCCCUAAAAAUUGAAGGUGAAGAAGAAUCAGCAAUCUCUCCCAUUGCAUGGGUGGAAAUAGAAGAGCAUCAAGACUCACAUAUACCAUGUGAUGACAUUACAUCUCAGCUUAUAUCUCCAGCCAGCAUUGCUCCAGUGGCAUUGUCAAGUCCUCGUGUCCGUCACUCCUUGUCACAGAUGCUGCAAGAAGAAAGUAGUGAACCUGAUAGUAUUGAGUGGGGGAAUGCUGAAAACCCUCCAGCAGUCGUCUACCACAAAGAUGCACCCAAAGGAUUCAAGAGGCUCUUGAAGUUUGCUCGGAAGAGUAGAGGGGAUGGAAAUACAACUGGUUGGUCCAGCCCAUCUGCCUUUUCUGAAGGAGAGGAUGAUGCUGAGGAAGCUAAAGCUAUUAAUAAGAGAAAUGCAGACACUCUACUAAAGAAAGCCACUCUUCAUGCAAAGAACUAUGGGCAACAGAAAUCUUCAUUAUCUGGAGGGUAUGAAAGAAACGUGGCUGCUCGGGAACUGCUCUCUGCCCAAUCAAAUAUAAGCAAAUUCAAUGCUCAGAGUUCCCAUAAGUUGCAGGAGGGUCAGGUUUCGGCCACAGCACCCACAACUAAGGCAACAAGGUCAUUCUUCUCUCUUUCAGCGUUUAGGGGCAGUAAACCAAAUGAGACGAAGCUUCAUUAAUUCAAAGGAGAAUUCAAAACUGUAAGACUUGUAAACAACUUUACUCCCCACGGCAUUACAGAGGGGAAGUUUGGGCAAAGGAAGAAUCUUCUUAUUAAUAACAAGACUUCAUCCUACUGAACAUUUGGAUUGUUCCCUGUAACCCCAAGCUAGAGAGCAAGGCAUGCCCUCAGGAUGUAAAACAACAAAGAAUUCAUAAUUCAUAAUUUAUUUAGUACAUUGUUAACGAA